AUGCCACAGGGGCCAUCUACCUCCGUCUCGCAGCAUUCCGAGGGUACCGAGAUUGAGACUGAUUUUGAUGUCACGACUCCGAUCAAUCAUCGCGUGUAUGAGAAUGCCCAUCAUACUCCAAACCCUAAUGCUGAUGAUCAGCCUAGUUCUUUCCUCCAUUCUCAAUGUCCCCUCUGUUUUGGUGGGUCCUAUACGAAAGGGGAGGAUGUACAGGCCAUCAUAUGUUGCGAUGUGAAUUUCCAACUAAAGCGGAUUAAAGACAAGGAUCGUCGACAAAGUCGGGGGAAGGAUCCUGCUUUCAUGUCACCAAGAACUGUAUUUUUGUCUGAGGACUUCGUUCAGUUUUGGAAAGAACACGUCGAGACCAUCCGCCCCACUAAAAAGUCUUCCAGGAAGCGCAGAAACCGUGAAGGGGAGGAGGUGGACAUUGAGCAUGCUCCAGCUGGUGCAGAUGAUAGGAGGGAGUUUGGCUUGCCAGUCCCAAACUCUACAUAUGAUGCUUGUUCUGAGUCUUUCAUCGCUGCCGAUGGGGAACGCAUUAAGGCAUCGACAGACUAUUUUGUGGACACUGGAGUGAUGGCGAUCCUGUGU